AAAAAAAGAAAUGCUUUUCCUGGAAAGAGGAUGAAUUUUCCUCUUCAGCCCUUUAAAGGAAAAUGAAACUAGACACAUUCCACCGAUAGCCAUUGUGUUGCAACUAGAAUAGGAAUCCCAGUUGCGACAAGAACGGAUUUCCUUCUUCAUGCUCUGUUUUGAAACAGAAGAGUUGAGAAAACUACCAAAGACUUGAAGAGAAGACCCCCUUUUAGGCCCCAUUGGCUAAAGCCCAGCAACCAAAUCUGACAGAUCUUUGGGAGCAAGAGAGUUUCCAAGUUGGGCUGCCCGGGCUGCCGCUCACGUCACUGAUGACGCACAGAUGUUUGAUAUGGAUUUUGAAGUGGCGCAAACUAGUGGGGAUGACAGUCAUUCCAAAAAAGAAGUGAUUACAAGGGGAUAAUGAAAAAAUCCACUUUCAUAGUGGGAACAACGGACCUUUUGGAAUUGAUUCAUCAACACAGCACGAAGGCGAAUCGCAAACCAGCUUAAAUUUCAAAAUUAUCCCCCUGAAAUGCCAUUCCAUAAUGCAACCAAAUCUUUGGCAAAAUUACUGGACCCACAAGAAGAGUUGCUCCCAGUAUGCAGCAUUAUAGACCAAGAUCACUAUCGGCCUCUUUGCCUACUUCACGAGAAGAAGAAAAGACGUUGGCUGUGGAAGAACAGCCGUUUUCAGAAAACUGAAUACCGGCUAACAGAUGUGCUUCUUUCUGGAGGCCAUGCUGCAAAACUAGAUAAUAGAGACCCAGUUACCAUUGUGGACCAGGUUGAUGGAACACUGGAAGGAGACAUAGGUGGACUUAAUACCAGCAUGGAAAUAAAAGGCAUUACCAGUGUGUCUCGUGUGAGGACUGCGAAGGUGCAAAAGAUAAAAGUGCCCCCCACAUUCCUUGAUGCUAUGACAAAGAAGGCAAGAAUCAACAUGGAUCAUGAGUUCAUUAAACAAUCAAAAGAGUGUCAAAAGAACCUGUAUGUGGUGACUGAGGCAGUAGUGACUGUGGAAGAGACACAGUUUGAUGAUUCCAACAAAAUGGAAGGCAGCAUCUUUUAUGAAGCCUAUCUGAAAAUGAAGCUGAAGGGUUCCAGAAAUAGUAAGAAAGCGAUUAUUAUCCCAAAGUCUUGCAUCAUUGCAUUCAGAGCCAAGAAACUACUACUAAGAGAGGGAUCAUCAGGUAUUGCUCACUCUGCACAGGAUAAGCAAGUAACUUUUGAUAUUGCCCACUCUGCAGAGGAUAAACGAGGAACUUUUGGUAUUGCCCACUAUACAGAGGAUAAACGAGGAACAUUUCGUAAGCAAAAAUCAGAUCAAUUUCAUGCUGAUGCAGCGGUUUUCAGAGACAAUGAAGACCUACAGUCAGAAGUUAAACGGGAAUGCAUACAGUUUUCAUUUUUAUCUGCAAAUCUACGUGGCACAUUUCUAAAUAGCUUUGUGGCUGUGAUGAGGGACAGGAAUCUCUUACAAAAGCUAGAGCUCCAGGUAAAAAUAUUCUCAUUGUGAGUUUCCACAAGAUUUGCUUCCAUCAGAGUGUGCAGGCUGGCACAUUGGGCUUCUGUUCCCACAUCCUUUGACAUAUUGUCUCCAUGGAUCUCUCCCAUUAAUGUGUUCAAAAUUAGAGUCAUGUUUUAUUAAUAGAAGUUAAAAAAUUCUCUUGUGGAACCAUAGAGUUGAAAGAGAGUAUCCAGUCUAGUUCCCUUCUACACAAUUACACAAUUGCUGUCAUAUGUAAGUUUUACUAACAUGUUACACAGCCCAAGUUAUCUUUAGGACAUCCAGUAAUACUCUCUGCUGUGCUUAUUCAACAGUAGGGGUAAAAAGAGUAUAGGCAGUCUCCGUUUCCACAGAUAUUUUAUGCAUGGAUUCAACUUUCUACAGUUUGAAAAUAUUCCAAAAAUGUAUAAUUUCCUUCAUGAAAAAGAGGUUCUUGACACACCAAACACUCUGCCAAGAGAAUGGUUAACUCCAUGAGUCCCCCCACCCCCAUUUCAGAACAAAAAUUUAACUUGCAAAAA